AUCUAUUGGCCUGACCUAGUUACUAGAAUCUAUUGGCCUGACCUUGAUACCAGAAUCUAUUGGCCUGACCUAGUUACUAGAAUCUAUUGGCCUGACCUUGAUACCAAAAUCUAUUGGCCUGACCUAGAUACCAGAAUCUAUUGGCCUGACCUACCUGACUUUGAUACCAGAAUCUAUUGGCCUGACCUAGUUACUAGGAUCUAUUGGCCUGACCUUGAUACCAGAAUCUAUUGGCCUGACCUAGUUACUAGAAACUAUUGGCCUGACCUUGAUACCAGAAUCUAUUGGCCUGACCUAGUUACCAGAAUCUAUUGGCCCGACCUAGUUACUAGAAUCUAUUGGCCUCACCUAGAUACUAGAAUCUAUUGGCCUGACCUAGUUACCAGAAUCUAUUGGCCUGACCAAGUUACCAGAAUCUAUUGGCCUGACCUAGAUACUAGAAUCUAUUGGCCUGACCUAGAUACCAGGAUCUGUUAUUUUCAUGUAAAAACCAUACAUAGUUUCAUAUGGAUGGACAGAUGCUUGAUCUGGCACCAUAAGACAUCACCUUAA